AACAGAAAUGUUUAAUGAUCAUCGUUGCUGUGGGCAACAGGAACAAUAAAAUGUUAUGAAUAAUAUGAAUUGAUUUGGAUAGUUAAAUUAUUUUUCAAUUUUAGUCAAAGAAAAUGGCCUCUGACACAGACAACUUACAGCGCUCAACUGAAGCCAUCAAUGUCACCGUGCUCAAGGCUAAACACUUGAGAGGAUCCAAAGGUGACUCACUGACAGUAACAAUCAAACUAGAGUUUGGUGACAAGGUCAUUGGAGAGAGUGCAAAGCUUGAAUCUGCUGGAGACUCCAGCCUGGAGUGUAACUUCAGUGUCAAUCUCAGCUGUAAUCCAGAGGACCCAGUCUCAGUGGACGAGAUCACCCACAAGCCAGUUGUGUUAACUGUGACUGAAGUGUUUACAAAAGAGAAGAAACAGAAAGAAGAAAAAACCAACAUUAUAGGGCAAUGUUGCAUCGACCUCAUCCCUCUCAUUAAAGGUAGUCUGAUGAUAAAGCAGACGCUGACCCUUCACCCACUGCCAGGUUCUCCUCUGGAACUAAUUGCACCAGAUGCACCCAAGCCUGAGGUGGACAUCAAAGUGACGGUCAACCAAGCUCUCCUAGACGAGUCUCGCUUGUCUCAGUCAAAUCUGCUGACUCUGUCUAUUGGCAGUCUGUACUCACCCCCGGAGUCAUGGACUCUGACUGGACAACAAUAUUUCUUCAACGCCUCCAUGCCAGUGCCAAUCUCUCAUGAUCGUGAGGUUCCCAUAACUUUCAACAAUGGACUGCUGAAAGUUGCUCAGGAAAAAGAUUUGAUUGCAAAACAGAAAAAAUGGGCGUCGCCUGGUACAGCCCAUGCUAAUGCUGCUGUACUGCCAGACAGGGUUAUAUUCUCUGACCCUAUUGAUGAUGAAGAUGGAGACUUGAAAGGGAAAGAUGACCGUGACCUUCGCACCCAUGCAGAGACCGAGAAAAAUCGUGUGACGUGGAACAUGGAGCGGCGAUGUUUCCUCGACUCAUCGGCUGUCAAAUGGUACCAAGAGACAAUCGCCAGAAAAAGAUUUUGGCCUUUAGAAAUUUUUAGAAUUCCUCAACCACAGUUGAGUAAAGGAAAAAAAGAAGAAGAUACCCAGCCGAGUUUUCAUGGUGUGGCAUUCCUAAACCUGGCCCCAUUGCUCUAUCCUGGUGUUGAUCGGGUCCGUGGAGCUUACAAAGUUGUGGCCUACACUGAACAUGCAGUUGCUGAGAAGACAAAAAGGAAACCUGUUACGCUGGAGGACAGACUUGCACAAAGCAGCAACAGGGUCAACAACUCUCCCGCACAGAAGAAGGGAGCUCAAGCACAGGAUAAGAAGGAUGGGAAAAAGGGGGCAACUGAUGAGAAGCAGCGACCUGGCAGUAUUGUAGUAGCCUCUAAUGACCUGGAGCCAGCAACUGGCAAGUCUGAGACUUUGGUUGACUCAGAGAGUCAGCUGUCAGUCAACAUUGAGGGUCAGCAGUAUGUGGAUGCCAGGUCCUACAUCAUGGUGGAGAUUUGUUUGGACAAGCCUCUGGUGCCUAAACGUCCCCCAGAGCAGCUGGCUAAAAGGGUGGCAGAAUUGAUACCUCCUCGACCCAUUUUUCCAAAGAGAACAGAAGGCUCUCAGAAGGCCGUGGAAGAUUAUCACACGCAGGUUGCCAGUGUGGCAAACCUCAUCCUUGAGGAGUUCAGAGACCUGUUUGGAGAUGAGAUUAAGGAUGAAGACGCACAGACCAGCGAGGACAUUGAGUCAAGGAGACAGAAGCUGAUCUACGAGCUGAAUGCCUCAGGAAAAUAUUUCGCCUUCAAAGAACAGCUGAAACACUCGGUGGUCAAAAUAGUGCGGGAGAAAUAUUUACGCACAACUGGCUUUGAUGAUAGGCAGCAACUACAGACAUUUCUCUCCGAGCUGUACGUCUACCUAAUCGACCAGAUGCACGUCUCACUGGGCCAUGUCCUGGCCCUAGAGGACCAGCCCCCAGUGCCCAAACCUCUGACAGACAGCUCCCAGCUCAAGCACUUUGCCAGGGAGGCGGAGGUCAACCAGAACUUCACACUGGCAGCCACCUACUACAAGGAGAGAAUAGCCCGAGACAGAGGUGACGCAGACUGUUGGUUUGACUUUGGCACAUUCAACCUGUACAUCCACGACAUCCCUAAGGCAGAAGAGUGCUUCAAGGAAUGUAUUGCAAUCAACCAAAAGCACAUCCAUGGUCUUAUGUUGUAUGGGCUUGUAUGUAUGCUGACAGAGAGGAUUGAAAUGGCUGAAACAUUUUUUGAAGCAGCCACUUGUGUAGACAACAAAAGUAUUCUCGCAUGGACCAUGCUAGGUUUGUUUUAUGAUGCUGUACCCAAUGAAAUUGGAGCAGAAAUGGCCUACAUUGAGGCCAACAAGUUGAACACGGCCAAGAUCUUGGCUCAACGGGAGGAGGAGAAACGCAAAGAGGAGGAGGGUAAAGCAGUCUCGGAGCAGAUGUUGGAGCCAGAAGUUGAGACAACAGAACCAGCGCAGCCCCUUUCAGACAGGUCAAAGACAUCUUCACUCAACAAGAAAGGUCAACCAGACAGUGCUGGGGCCAACAAGCCUCCAUCAGCCAAACCAUCCAUGUCACGCCCCAGCAGUCAGAAAGGGAUGACAGUUGAGCCACCCUCGGACCAAUCCUCCACCAGAGACUCCAUCCUUGCCUCUCAUCCAAGCAUCUACAUGCAGGCUGUUGAUUGGCUGUUGCAAGUCAAGGCGGUCCCAUUCACAGAGCGGGCCUUGGGCCACGAGUUGGUCACCUGUAGUGGGGGGCCCAGCGCCGCCUACAACAUCUGUCUGGCGCGCCUCAGGCUGCAGAAAGGGGAAUACAGGGAGGCGGAGGAAUGUCUGACUGAAGCUCUACAGACAGAAUUUCAGAACCCUGAUGCCUGGGCUCUGCUAGGCCAUGUCAAGUACUUGACCUCCGACCUGCCCACAGCCAGAGACUGCUACGAGAGAACUUUGUCGUUUGUGACAGACGCCAGCGAGACCCACUCCAUCUACCUCCGUCUGGCAUCCAUUUAUUUACAGGAGGAAAGGUUCCACGAGGCCAAGAAUACUUUUCUGCUGGCAUGUAAGAAGUCGCCAUCUUGUAUUUCCUGGCUUGGUGUCGGUAUAGCUUGCUACAGGCUGAAUGAGCUCGCUGAGGCGGAAGAUGCCCUGUCCGAGGCCAACGUCCUCAACAACAAUGACCCUGAGGUCUGGGCCUAUCUCUCCCUAGUGUGUCUGCAAACAAAUCGACAGCUUGAAGCAGAACAAGCCUACAAGUACGCUGUCAAGCUGAACCUGGAUGAUGGUGCUCUGUUAGCUGAGAUCCACAGAGAACAAGUUUCACAUGGCUUUGGCAAUCCAGCUUUUUAGAGUCACGACAGUUUGGGUUCAAAUGAACCUAAGAAAUCAUCAACAUUCAGUCAAUGAUGCCUUCUUUGUUAAAGGGAAUUUUUUUUUAAAGUUGGGAUAUCAAUGUUGAGUAGAAGCUGCUCAUCAAAUGUGGUGAUUUGUGGUUGCUCAUCAAAUGUGGUGAUUUGUGGCUGGUGAUCAAAUGUGGUGAUUUGUGGCUGCUCAUUGAAUACUUUCUUUUCUUGAAUAUUUGACUGCCAUGCUUCUUACAAUUGGUGUAGGCCUAUCACAUAGCAGAUUGACCUAUACACUGUCCAUUAAAAUUGAGUUUCUAAAACCA